CAAGGUUCUAAGACAGUUGACUCCUUCCAACCAUUUCUGUCAUACUUGGACUCCUGACCACCUCUCCCUACCACACACUCUACCUCUAGCCACACUACCUCUCUUGUCCUUUUCCGAAUCUGUAUCUUUUUCACCUAUUCUUUCUACUCAGAAUGCCUUUCUUUGGUAAAUUCCCCGCUCAUUCUUGAAGGCCCAGCUAAGUGUCACCUCCUCUGUUAAGCUUUCCCUGACCCUCCCCUGUGGGCAAAAUUAAUAGCUUCUACCCCCUUUCAUAUGCACUUAUAUAAAUACUAAAAGAUAAUUUAUAACUUAUAUUACAAUAAUUACAUGUAGGUUUAUUUCUUACACUUCAUCGUAAACUCUUUGGAGGCAGCAACCGAUUCUUCAUAUCAUCACCAUUUUCCUUCACGAUGCCUAGACAUGUUAGGUCAUAAUAGUGCUCAGUAAAUGUUUGGAUUGGAUCUAAUUGAAUUGAAUUCCAGUGCUGGGUCUCUGCAGCACAUGUAUCACGCAACUCUACUUACUCUGGGUUUUGAGACAGGUACUGUGGCCCAGUCAAAACAAGAAAACAUUUUGGUAAAGGUGGAUGAAACUCGAGAAGAUGAUUCAGUACUCCUGAUGUGUGACUUGAAUGAAAAAAAUAUCAAAUGGUUUAAAGAUGGAAAGAUAAUAAACUCUCUAAAUGGAAGUAAAAGUACAUGGAAUCUAGGAAGUAGUACCAAGGACCCUCAAGGGAUAUAUUGGUGUCAAGGAUUAAAAGACACUUCAAAACCACUUCAAGUGUAUUACAGAAUGUGUCAGAACUGCAUUGAGCUCAAUGCAGCCACCAUAUCUGGCUUCAUCUUUGCUGAAAUCAUCAGCAUUUUCUUCCUUGCUGUUGGAGUCUACUUCAUUGCUGGACAAGAGGGAGCUCGCCAGUCAAGAGCUUCAGACAAGCAGACUCUGUUGCCCAAUGACCAGCUCUACCAGCCCCUCAAGGAUCGGGAGGAUGACCAAUACAGCCACCUUCAAGGAAACCAGCUGAGGAAGAAAUGAGCUCAGGACUCAGAGCAAGUGGGUUCUUCAACACCAAUUCUAAUAAAGUACCUUUGCAUCACCUGCAACCACAUUGUAUAGAGGCACUAUAAUUUAUUUCACCUGUCCUCACAGGAAUCAGCCUGUGGGGGGUCGCGGUGGGGGGUGGUUUUAGAGGCCCUUUUCUAAAAACACUGAGGUCAGUCAGUACUGAUUGUCUUGGCCUAAGAAAACAUGAACCGCUGUGCUUAUCUGUAAAUGCUCUUAGAACAGGGUGUCAAGCCACAGAGAUGCUGAAUAUUAAUCUUAACCUAUCUAUGUUAGGGUUUCUCAAUAUCCACACCAUUAACAUUUUGGGCUAGCUAAUCCUCUGUGAAUAGGGCUGUUCUGUGCAUUGUAGGAGUUAUAGGAGCAUCCCUGGCCUCUAUCCACCAGAUGCCUGUGGUAUCCCCCAGUGUGACAACUUAAAAUGUGUCCAGACAUCCCCUCUGGGGCAAAAUCACCCUUAGUGAAGAAGAACCACUGACCUAUAUUAACCUUUCAAUCAACCAUUCAAUCAAUCAGAAGUUCUAACCCAUCAGUUUACCAGAAAUUUUAGUUAAGAAGACAGGGCUGAAAGCAUUAUUUGGUUUUCUGAACCAAUUGCCAUUUCUCUUUUUUCAAUCCAGGUGUUCUCCUUCUAUCCAGUUUUCAGAAUCAAAGCAAGACAUUUUGGAGAGAUCCUAGAACAGACACAUUCAAUCCUAAAUCUAGACUCAAGGUUCCCAGGGGUGACAAAUGCAUAAGAAAAUCCAUCAGAGCAAAUUUGGUUUUUUCUCAAAUAAAAUAAAAACAAAAACAAGUAUGGUGUUUCAGAAGCGCCACCUAUUGGGGAAAAAAUGUAAAAGAAAAAUGAAAAGA